AGGAGUCCCUUCCAGAUUCCUUCAACGUUACCAACCCCGAAUUACCUACCUGCCUUAGGUAUGCUCCCAACUUUCCCUCAAGCCGUUGGGAGUCAUUGACUUGCCGCACCUUGUACAUGCCCGUAUGUGCGCCUUCUACAGCCUGGCCUCCAAAAUGUCGAGCUCCUCCACGGAAAUAUUUCCGAUGGGCCUAGGAGAGCUCGCCUCCGCCCUCCCCAGACAACCUCCGAUCGCCGAUGCACCGGAACCCUCCCGGCCAGACCCGCCCCACGCACCCCACCGAACCCCAGCAUCCGUUCCGGACUGGAAUAACCUCAAGGUCAUCCACAAGAACACUUUGCCGCCGCGCUCCCAAUUCUUCUUGUACCGGAACCGAGAAGACGCCCUGUCACGCGAUGUCGCGCGCUCCAAGAGCCAGCUUCUCUCGGGGCAGUGGUUAUUCCACCUCUCCAAGUCCCCACUCGAUGGUCUCGUCGACUUCCACCAGCACACCCCCACCGACCUGGAGUCCAAACAUGGCUGGCAUGGGCAGACCAUCCGUGUCCCGGGCAUGUGGCAGCUCCAGGGUUACGGGAAAGGACCACAUUAUACCAACCUCAACUUCCCCUUUCCGGUCGACCCUCCACGCGUGCCAAUUGAUGAUAAUGAAUGCGGCCGUUACGCCACCUCCUUCCAGCUCGCCCCCGAAGACAGGGACCACCAGCUCAGGCUGCGGUUUGAAGGUGUUGAUUCUGCCUUUACCCUAUGGGUGAACCACCGCGAGGUCGGAUACUCUCAGGGGUCCAGGAACCCAAGCGAGUUCGACAUCACCCCCUUUGUCCGAUGCCCCGGCACCAACUCCCUCCAUGUGGAAGUCUACCAGAGGUGUAACGGUAGCUACAUAGAGGACCAAGACCAAUGGUGGCUUAGUGGCAUCUUCCGCGAUGUGUGGCUGCACAAGUUCCCACCCACUCACUUUGAGGACAUUCGUGUCCAUACUGAGUUGUCUAAUGACUACCAAGACGGGAUUUUGUAUUUCGAUUACAAGCUCAACUGCCAGGCAACAGUCCAUGUGGCUCUCCUGGACGCCGAUGGGACAGAAAUCUCCAGCCAGACCAAGGAAGGGGAGGGAGAGGCCGCAGCCAGUGGGACCUGGGUCAAGUCCAAGAUCUGGCCCCUCAAGAAUGUGCACCGGUGGACUGCCGAGACACCCUACCUUUAUCGGUUAGUUCUCUCUACGCCAGACUGUGCCGUGGCCGAGAGGGUAGGAUUCCGCCAAACCGAACUCCGAGACGGCGUAUUCUGUGUGAAUGGCACACCCAUCAAGUUGAAGGGCGUCAACCGGCACGAACACCAUCCCGACCACGGGCGGGCAGUACCGUACGAAUUCCUCAAAGACGACCUGCACCUAAUGAAGCAGCACAACAUCAACGCCAUUAGGACUUCACAUUACAUCAAUGACUACAGGCUCUAUGAGCUCACCGACGAGCUGGGCUUCUGGGUCAUGGAUGAGUGUGAUCUCGAGUGCCACGGCCUGUUCGUAGUAGGAGGCGACGGCACAGCAUUUACGUCUGACAACCCCGACUGGGAAGAAGCGUACAUUGACCGCGCCCGGCAAAUGGUCACGCGUGACUUCAAUCGCCCCAGUGUCAUCCUCUGGUCUCUCGGUAAUGAGUCUAGCUAUGGACGGAACCACGCCGCCAUGUACAAGUUCAUCAAGAGCUUCGACGACUCUCGCCUAAUACACUACGAGGGCGACUGGAACGCCCAGUCUGCCGACAUCCUGAGUAGGAUGUAUUUCUCCAUCGGCGACGUCGAAUCAAUGGCAAAGGCCCGCGAGUGGGACAAACCACUGGUUUUAUGUGAAUUUGUACACGCUAUGGGCAACGGACCUGGUGCCAUAAAGGAGUACAUCGACCUCUUUUAUAAAUACCCUCGGCUAAUGGGCGGUUUUGUGUGGGAGUGGGCGAAUCAUGGUCUACGUACAAAGACCAGAGAUGGGCGGGAGUACAUGGGGUACGGUGGUGAUUUUGGUGACGAGCCUAAUGACUACAACUUCGUCAUGGACGGACUGUGCUUCUCAAAUCACACUCCCACGCCUGGCCUCAUUGAAUACAAAAAAGCCAUCGAGCCGGUCCAAAUCCUUGGUGUUGAAGAUGGAAACAAGGUACGGAUCGUGAACCGAUAUGACUUCAUCGAUCUUUCCCACUUGGAGUGUUGGUGGUGGAUAGUCUCGGACGGUGUAACGGACUCGUUCCGCCCUCGAAGAUUAGAAAUCCCUAGGUGUCUCUCUGGUCACCACGCUCUCUUGCGAAUCCCUGGGCUUGAGCAAAGUCAACCGGCAGACUCGUACCUACAUGUGGUGUUUGUGGAGUCGGCCAUUCCUUCCUGGUCCUAUACGGAGCGCAUCGUCGCGGAGGGGGGAAUCCAGUUGACGAAACCCGCAAGCCUACAGCUUCUCCGUGAUACCACCCCUCGCCCAACACGGCCGCUGGAAGCCGAACCAACCAACAACGUCCUGUCGAUUACCAGUAAUCAUGGGCAAUCUUGGAAGUUUGAUCUUGCUCGUGGCACUCUCGUCAGCUGGCAGCGUCUGGAUCCAGACUCGGGAAACUUUUCCCCAAAUAUCCUCACCGAGCCCCUUUGCUUCGACAUAUACCGCGCACAAACCGACAACGACCGCGGUUGCGACUUUGGCCGAAAUUGGCGUGACCGCUGUCUGCACCAGGCAAAGCACCAUCUCAUCCAAUCGUCUUGGCACCAACGGGACGACGGUGUCGUCGAGGUCAUCGUCAACAGCCGAAUCGCCCCCCCAGUCUUGAAUUGGGCGCUCGAGGUCACCGCCACCUACCACUUUGAAGAGGACCACGUAUACAUACGGAUGCGCGCAAAGCCUACUGGUAACCUGCUUCCGCGGGCAUGGGGCCGCCUGGGCCUAGUCACAGCACUGACGGGGUGCACCAAGGUCCACUGGUACGGCCGGGGUCCCGGCGAGAGCUACCGUGACAAGAAGCUCAGCCAGCAGGUGGGCAAUUGGCACAUGCCCGCCGACCGUACGAUGACGGACUACGAGUUCCCGCAGGAGAACGGGAACCGGACGGACGUGCGGUGGGUCAAGUUUGUCACGGCCACGCGUUCCCGGCUGCUGAGGGCGCGGUACGGCGAUUUUGAGGGCGCGAGCUUCUCGGCGCUGCCGUACACCGCCGAGGACCUUGAUGCAGCGCAGCAUCCGUACGAGCUGAGGGAGAGGAAGCGGGAGGAUCUGGUCGUGCAUCUGGACUGGAUGCAUCAUGGCCUCGGGACGGGGUCGUGCGGGCCUGAGACCCUGCCUGAGUAUACGCUGGACGCAAGCAAGGAGUAUGAGUUUGAGGUUGUUUUGGAUUAGGCUUCGGUGGGUGUUGCUCGGGGAAAAGCAAGCGUGGAAACAAUGGAGUACUCGGCUUCACAAACAUGGUUUUGUCACCAAAGAAAAAACAAAAACAUACAACACCGAGGAUUCCCCAGUCGUCACCGACCUGAGUACUAGUUCGGCUCUCACAAGUUUAUCGAGGGGAGAGCGGACGGGAUCCCGAGUUCUCUUGUAGAUAUGGUCGUAUGUGGAGGUGAGGUUGGCGCGUGUGGUUGAUGUACCGG